CAAACACAGCAAAAGCAUUCAUUGAGCAGCACACGGAGGAAAAUUCUGUUUAUGCGAUAGAAGUAAAAAUGGGAAACAAUGGAAGGGCAUAUGCUAAAGUCCAAUUUGCCACUAACAACUCUGCAGAAAAGAUCAUAGCAUUGGUCAACAGGCGUGAGGGAUUGUGCUAUGGCUCCUCUUUUCUAAAUGCUCGGGAAUCGGAGACCUAUAUCGUGGAGCCUAGAUCAUACCUCCACGAAAUGUCGGACAUCACUCUUUGCUUUGGAUGCCAGACAUCAAAUGAACGGUUCUCCACGCUAUGGAGUGCUCAAAAUGUCUCGAUAAAAUUUGGAUCUGGAUUGAAGAAGAUACUCUUUUUCCUGUCAUACCGUGAAGUUGAAUACAAGCUUCAACUCUCGCAUGAGAACUUCUGGCAGAUCGUGUUGUAUACCACUGGUGGCCGAAAUGAUAAAUUCCUUGUCAUACAGUUAUUUGCAGCACCACGGAUCUUUAAGAGAACACCUGGCUCCAUGUAUAGCUACUUUAAGGAAUUUCCAAAUGACCGGUGGGUGAGGACCACGGAUUUCUCACAGAAUUUGAUUGGACAAUCCUCCGGAUUUUGUUUGACAAUUCCUGCAGGUGUCACAUUACCGGAUUUUCGUAGUAAUUUGGUCCACUGUUUGGAAGUUCAAAGUCCGUUGAUUCUAGAGCAAGGUUCACCGUUUUCUAGCAAUUUGGAUUUAGUUCCAAUCAUGUAUCCUCCACAAGGAGUUGUUUUGCCAUUCAAGCUGCUUUUUAGGAUUUGUGCUCUCGUGCAGCAUGGAUGCCUUCCAGGGCCCCUACUCAAUGCCGAUUUUUUCCACUUGGUUGAUCCACAGUGGAGAGAUAUUAAUUGCAUUGAGUAUGCCUUGGCCAAAAUGUUCAGCCUGCACGAGUGCUGUUAUGAUCCUGUGCAGUGGCUCACUCAGGAGUAUGAAAAGUUCAAGUAUUCUCCGGUUUCUACUUUUAUAAAUCUUGAAAAUGGAUUGGUUUAUGUGCGGAGGGCCCUAGUUACUCCAAUACGAGUAUAUUUCUGUGGGCCUGAGGUGAACAAGUCCAAUCGUGUGUUGCGGCAUUAUAUAGAUGAUAUUGACAAUUUUCUCCGUGUCUCUUUUGUUGACGAGGACUGGGAUAAAAUUCAACCUGCCGAUUUAUCUUCGCGUGCAUCGGGCAAGACUGCCAUUUAUGACAGGAUGCUUGGGAUACUUAGCAACGGCAUUGUUAUUGGAGACAAAAGGUUUGAGUUUCUUGCGUUCUCGUCAAGCCAGCUAAGAGAGGGUUCCAUUUGGAUGUUUGCAUCAAGAGAUGGACUUACUGCUGCUGAUAUAAGAGCAUGGAUGGGUGACUUUAAGAAGAUAAAAAAUGUUGCGAAAUAUGCUGCAAGACUUGGACAAUCCUUUGGUUCAUCCACAGAGACUUUGAGUAUUCCCAGGGAUGAGAUUGAAAUUACAUUUGCCUCUGAAUAGUUAAGCAAUAUACUAGCUCUUAAUGG